ACCUUUAAGAAAUGGAUAUAUUAAAAAAAACUUUAUUAAUAUUUUCAAUUUUUUUAUUAUAUGGAAAUUUAAUUUCAUCACAAGAUACCAUUGAUUUGACAGGUGUUAUUUUUGAUCAAUCUCCUGCUAGAAAUCCCGACUUUGAAAUUAAUCCAUAUUCUGGUGGAGUGACUCCAGGAAUAGUAUUAAAUACUCUCGGAGCAAAUGGAACACCUCAAUAUUGUUGUGGAAAUAACCCGGUUAUGAAAGCUGGUACUUUUGUUGUUCACAACCAAACCACUUUCAGUAGUUGGUUCAAUCCUGCAAGUGGUAUUAAUAUUGCGAUCCCAAUUACACUUACUCUAACAAGAAAUGCAAAUGGGGUUUAUACUCAUCAAUCCCAAUCAUUUUUCCCAAUAGAUGGUCAAGGUUUUGACAACAGAACCAACUAUCCAAAUGAAGUCCAUUAUUUUGGUCACAACUAUCAUUUUUGUAUGAGAAUUCAUUAUUCAUUUGUAUAUAGAGGUGGAGAAUACUUUAAAUUUACUGGAGAUGAUGAUGUUUGGGUAUACUUUAAUAACAAAUUAAGUAUAGAUAUUGGUGGUAUUCAUCAAGGUGCAUCACGUACUGUUAUGUUAGAUCAAUUAGGUUUAACAAGAGGUCAAACAUACCCAUGGGAUUUCUUUUAUUGUGAAAGACACACAACCGCCAGUACUCUAAAUAUUGAAACAAAUUUAAUUUUCCAAUGUGCUUACUAUGACAGAUGCAAUGUUUGUCAAGGUAAAAACGAUACAUGUUGUUUUGAAAAUAAAUGUUUUAACCCUGCAGAUCCAUGCUUAUUAUAUGAUUGUAAUGCAGGAACCAAUUUCAAUUGUAAGAGACGUCUUGGUGAGUGUAAUAAUGGUGAUUUGUGUUCCAAUUCAAUAUGUAUUAGAGGAAUCGGUUGCCAAUAUUCAAGCAAAUGUGAUGACCUUGACCCAUGCACCUUAGAUAACUGUGCAUCUGCAACUGGAGCAUGUACACACACCCCAGUUUCUUGUGAUGAUGGUAACAGAUGUACCAAUGAUUUAUGUGACUCAAGAGGUGGUAAAUGUGUUAACGUGCCAGUCUCUUGUGAUGAUGGUGAUGAAUGUACAAAUGAUCACUGUUCUCCAGUACUGGGUUGUUUACACACAACAAAGAAUUGUAUCGAUAAUUUAGGUUGCACUGUCGAUACAUGUGAUAGUGCAACUGGUUGUGUCAAUACGCUAGUAGCUAAUUGUACUGAAUGCCAUGAGUCUGAUAUUGCACAGUGUAUUACCACAGACCUAUGUUUCCCAAAGGUUUGUGAUCCAUUAAAUAACAAUGAAUGUAUUACACAUGCACUUAAUUGCUCUAUUUUUGAAACUGAGUGUAUUGAUGUCAAAUGUGUAAAUGGAGAAUGUAGAUUUAGAUAUACAUGUGAAACACCACAACCAUCCGAAUCCCCAACUGCUUCACUCAACGUCACUGUCACCCCAGUCCACCCCCACACCCUCCGUCCAACGGUAACAAUUACACAACCACCAACUCCUACUCCAACUGGUACUCCACUACCACCAAAUAAAUACCACGAUGAUGUACCUCCAGAAGAUCUCUUAUCAUCAUGUUUAGUUUGUGAAGACCUUAACUGUAAAUCCCAUGUAUCAGAUAAUGGCCAACCGGGCUCGUGUACCUAUGUAAAGAAUGACUUGUAUGAUGAAGAUAAUUGCGAAGACUGUUGUUUAUGGAUCCCAACUUGUUACUAUGAUAGCGCACUCCCAGAUAAUGCAUUUGCAUUGGCCGAUGAUAGCGCUGUUUAAAAUAAGAUCUCUUUAUAUUAAAAAAUAAAAAAUUAAUAUUUUUGUG